ACAAAGCCGAACCCGACCGCUCCUCUUCGUUUUCAGAAGCCGAACACCACCGCCUCCUUCGCCGCCGCCGCCGAGAAAGAGGAGAGAGAGAAAGAGGAGAGAGAGAUUCGCCGCCGCCGCCGUCGCCGUCGUCUUCAGGUUUCGCGGGAGCAACAAGCCAGCGCCGCCUUCCCCUCCCUGCUGCUGCCUCUUGGGGAUUCGCCGCCUCCUGCGCCGAGGUCGCACCCUAGGGUUCCACCGCCGCCGCCGCCGCCGCCAGCGGGAGGAGCAGGAGGAUACAGCGAGAUGGCCGGUAGGCUUCUCGCGAAUCUCAUCGUCAUGGGCGGGACUGUGCUGGGCAGGGCCGCGGUUCAGGCGUAUCGCCAAGCCAUCGUCAAUGCAAACAAAACUGGAGCUGCCCAGGAAGUUGUAAAUGGUAUUCGAAGGGGUAGCAAGGCCAUGACUGAGCAAGAAGCCCGGCAAAUACUAGGCAUCAGCGAACAGUCCACUUGGGAAGAGAUUAUCCAGAAAUACGAUACCAUGUUUGAGAGGAAUGCUAAGAAUGGGAGCUUCUAUCUCCAGUCGAAAGUUCAUCGGGCUAAAGAAUGUCUAGAAACUGUAUAUCAGAAGCCCGACAUGCCUAGCUGAGGUCGCGUAGUCUGUAUUUGAAGCGUUAGGGAUCUAAUCGAUGAGCAUGCCGGCGUGGCUGAAGAUCGCGAUUCUUGUUAAUUGGUUGUAACGGGAUGUCACUUCACCUGGCAAUAAGUACUGUUCCACAAAUGAAAAACACAAAUUUCGCAUAUUUUCAUC